UCUCCCGGCGGCCCGGGCUGGCGUUGGGGGCGGGCUCGGCUUCCCGCUUCCGGUGUGGUGUCAUGGUGGCCUGUGGGCUCUGAUGGCUGAGGAGGAGGAGGAGGAGGGCGAGAGCUGAGCGUCGCGGCCGGAUCGCGCCCAGGGGAGAGGAGGGGGCGGCGGGAGCCCCCUUCCCCGCGUCCGUCGCCUGCCCGGGCGGCGGGACAUGGCGGCCCACAAGCCGGUGGAGUGGGUGCAGGCCGUGGUGAACCGCUUCGACGAGCAGCUUCCAAUCAAAGCCGGCCAGCAGAAUACCCACACCAAAGUCAGCACAGAACAUAACAAGGAAUGUCUCAUCAACAUUUCCAAGUACAAGUUUUCCCUGGUUAUCAGCGGCCUCACCAAUAUCUUGAAAAAUGUUAACAAUAUGAGGAUAUUUGGAGAAGCUGCUGAAAAGAACUUGUAUCUCUCUCAGCUGAUUAUUUUGGAUACACUGGAAAAAUGUCUUGCUGGGCAACCCAAAGACACCAUGAGGCUCGACGAGACGAUGCUGGUCAAACAGUUGCUGCCGGAGAUCUGUCAUUUUAUCCACACCUACCGGGAAGGGAAUCAACACGCCGCAGAGCUCCGCAAUUCUGCUUCUGGGGUUCUCUUUUCUCUCAGCUGCAACAACUUCAAUGCCGUCUUCAGCCGUAUCUCCACCAGAUUGCAGGAAUUGACUGUUUGCUCUGAAGACAAUGCUGACGUCCACGACAUUGAACUCUUGCAGUACAUCAGUGUGGACUGCGCUAAGCUGAAGCGUAUUCUGCAAGAGACGGCCUUUAAAUUUAAAGCCCUCAAGAAACUUGCACAGCUGGCAGUUAUCAAUAGUCUUGAAAAGGCAUUUUGGAACUGGGUGGAAAACUAUCCGGAUGAGUUUACUAAGCUGUACCAGACGCCACAGACGGAUUUGGCGGGUUGUGCAGAGAAGCUGUUUGAUUUGGUGGAUGGAUUUGCUGAAAGCACGAAACGCAAAGCGGCCGUUUGGCCCUUGCAAAUCAUCCUCCUUGUCUUGUGUCCGGAAAUCAUCCAAGACAUUGCCAAGGACGUGGUGGAGGAAAACAAAAUAAACAAGAAGCUGUUUCUGGACAACCUCAAGAAGGCUCUUGCGGGCCACAGUGGAAGUAGGCAACUGACUGAAAGUGCCGCCAUUGCUUGUGUUAAGCUGUGCAAAGCAUCAACCUACAUCAGCUGGGAAGACAAUUCUGUCAUUUUCCUUCUAGUGCAGUCCAUGGUGGUAGAUCUCAAGAACCUGCUCUUCAACCCCAGCAAGCCUUUUUCGAGAAGCAACCAGAAUGCCGACAUAGACCUCAUGAUUGACUGCUUAGUGUCCUGCUUCCGCAUCAACCCACACAAUAACCAGCACUUCAAGACCUGCCUGGCACAGAACUCUCCAUCAACAUUUCAUUAUGUGCUGGUAAAUUCACUCCACCGUAUAAUCACGAAUUCUGCCCUGGACUGGUGGCCCAAGAUCGAUGCCGUGUACUGUCAUUCCGUGGAACUCCGCACCAUGUUCAGUGAAACCCUCAACAAAGCACUGCAGGGCUCUGGCGUCCACACUCCGAUCCGCAUGACGCCGAGUCUUACUUUUAAAGAGAAAAUGACAAGCCUUAAGUUCAAAGAAAAGCCUACAGACGUUGAAACCAGAAGUUAUAAGGUCUUGUUGUUGUCCAUGGUAAAACUGAUCCACGCUGACCCAAAACUCUUGCUUUGUAAUCCCAGGAAACAGGGGCCUGAGACACAGGGCAGCACGGCUGAACUCAUUACAGGGCUGGUCCAACUGGUGCCACAGUCCAGCAUGCCUGAAAUAGCACAAGAAGCCAUGGAGGCCUUGCUUGUGCUUCAUCAGUUAGACAGUAUUGACUUGUGGAAUCCAGAUGCACCCAUUGAAACAUUCUGGGAGAUCAGUUCACAAAUGCUGUUUUGUAUAUGCAAGAGACUAACCAGCAAUCAGAUUCUCAGCAGCACAGAAAUCCUCAAGUGGCUACGGGAGAUUUUGAUCUGCAGGAACAAAUUCCUUCUGAAAAACAAACAAUCAGAUAGGAGUUCCUGCCCCUUUCUCUUCCUUUAUGGGGUAGGAUGUGAUGUCUCUGGGGGUGGAGCUAAUCAAAUUUCUCUUGACCAUGAAGAGAUGAUGCGCUGUAUUCCAGGAGCUACGCUCAGGAAGGGCAAAGGGAGUUUCGCCAUGGAAAGCGCGGCAGGCUGCAGCGGGACGCCGAUAUGUCGCCAAGCCCAGACCAAGCUGGAAGUCGCCUUGUACAUGUCUCUUUGGAGUCCUGACAUCGAGGCAGUGCUGGUGGCGAUGUCCUGCUUCCGACAUCUGUGCGAGGAAGCGGAUAUCAGGUGCGGAGUAGACGAGGUGUCGGUUCACAACUUCUUGCCCAACUACAACACCUUUAUGGAGUUUGCUUCCGUGAGCAACGUGUUGUCAACAGGAAGAGCUGCUCUCCAGAAACGAGUGAUGGCAUUGUUAAGGCGGAUUGAGCAUCCCACGGCAGGUAACACCGAGGCUUGGGAAGACACACAUUUAAAAUGGGAGAUAGCGACGAAAUUGAUCCUCAACUAUCCAAAGACGAAAAUGGAAGACGGCCAGGUCGCCGAAAGCCUCCACAAGACGAUAGUCAAGAGGCGAAUGUCUCACGUCAGCGGGGGAGGUUCCAUAGACCUCUCGGACACGGAUUCUCUGCAAGAGUGGAUCAACAUGACCGGCUUCCUGUGCGCUCUCGGCGGGGUGUGCCUGCAGCAUCGUGGCAGCGCGCCGUUUCCAUCCUACAGCCCCCCCAUGGGCCCCGUGAGCGAGCGCAAAGGCUCCAUGAUAUCCAUGCUGUCGAACGACGGCAACACGGAGACGCCCGUUAGCAAGUUCAUGGAUCGUUUGCUGUCUUUAAUGGUCUGUACCCAUGAGAAAGUGGGCCUGCAGAUACGGACUAAUAUCAAGGAACUCAUGGGCCUAGAGCUCAGCCCAGCCCUUUAUCCAAUGCUCUUUAACAAACUGAAGAACAACAUCAGCAAGUUCUUUGACUCUCAAGGGCAGGUCUUGUUGAAUGACACCAACACCCAGUUUGUGGAGCAGACCAUUGCCAUCAUGAAGAACCUGCUUGAUAAUCAUACCGAAGGGAGCUCGGAGCACCUGGGACAAGCCAGCAUUGAGACCAUGAUGCUGAAUCUCGUCAGAUAUGUGCGUGUCCUUGGGAAUCUGGUACAUGCGAUUCAGAUAAAAACCAAGCUCUGUCAGCUCGUGAAGGUUAUGAUGGAGAGGCGCGAUGACCUUUCCUUCUGCCAAGAGAUGAAGUUCAGGAACAAGAUGGUAGAAUAUCUGACAGAUUGGGUGAUGGGAACAUCCAACCAGGCAACAGAUGAGGAUGUGAAAUGUUUAACAAGGGAUUUGGACCAGGCGAGCAUGGAAGCCGUGGUGUCUCUUCUUGCCGGACUUCCAUUGCAACCCGAAGAAGGAGAUGGAGUUGAACUGAUGGAAGCGAAAUCCCAAUUGUUCCUAAAGUACUUUACCCUGUUUAUGAACCUCCUCAAUGACUGCAGUGAAGUUGAAGAUGAGAGUGCACAAGCGGGCGGCAGGAAACGUGGGAUGUCCCGAAGGCUGGCGUCGUUGCGACACUGCACCGUCCUGGCCAUGUCGAACCUGCUCAAUGCAAACGUGGACAGUGGCCUCAUGCACUCAAUAGGCUUGGGGUAUCACAAAGACCUCCAGACGCGAGCGACGUUCAUGGAGGUCCUCACCAAAAUUCUGCAGCAGGGCACGGAGUUUGACACCCUGGCGGAAACGGUGCUGGCCGACCGGUUUGAGAGAUUGGUGGAACUGGUCACCAUGAUGGGUGACCAAGGAGAGCUGCCCAUUGCUAUGGCUUUGGCGAACGUGGUGCCUUGUUCACAGUGGGACGAGCUGGCUCGUGUCCUCGUCACCCUCUUUGACUCCAGACACUUGCUCUACCAGCUGCUUUGGAACAUGUUUUCUAAAGAAGUCGAACUGGCAGACUCAAUGCAGACGCUCUUCAGGGGAAACAGCCUAGCUAGCAAGAUAAUGACGUUCUGUUUUAAGGUCUACGGUGCAACGUAUCUCCAGAAGCUUUUGGAGCCAUUAUUAAGGACUGUAAUUACAUCUUCCGAAUGGCAGCACGUUAGCUUUGAGGUGGACCCCACAAGGUUGGAAUCCAGUGAAAGCCUGGAGGAUAACCAGCGCAGCCUUCUCCAGAUGACCGAGAAGUUCUUCCACGCCAUCAUCAACUCCUCGGUGGAAUUCCCGCCCCAGCUUCGGAGUGUGUGCCACUGCCUCUAUCAGGCAACUUGCCACUCUCUCCUGAAUAAAGCUACCGUAAAAGAAAAAAAGGAAAACAAAAAAGCAGUGGUCAGUCAGCGGUUUCCUCAGAACAGCAUUGGAGCCGUCGGGAGCGCCAUGUUCCUGAGGUUCAUCAAUCCUGCAAUUGUCUCUCCGUAUGAGGCUGGGAUUUUGGAUAAGAAGCCGCCGCCGAGAAUCGAAAGGGGACUGAAGUUAAUGUCGAAGGUACUACAAAGCAUUGCCAACCACGUCUUGUUUACAAAGGAAGAACAUAUGCGGCCUUUUAAUGACUUUGUAAAAAGCAACUUUGACGCAGCACGAAGGUUUUUCCUUGACAUUGCAUCCGAUUGCCCAGCCAGCGACACGGUCAAUCAUAGCCUGUCUUUCAUCAGCGAUGGCAAUGUCCUUGCUCUGCAUCGUCUGCUCUGGAACAAUCAGGAGAAGAUCGGCCAAUACCUUUCCAGCAACAGGGACCACAAAGCUGUUGGAAGGCGUCCGUUUGACAAGAUGGCGACUUUGCUUGCUUACCUUGGUCCUCCUGAGCACAAGCCCGUGGCCGACACCCAGUGGUCCAGCAUAAAUCUCACCAGUUCCAAGUUUGAGGAAUUUAUGACUCGGCAUCAGGUGCAUGAAAAGGAGGAGUUCAAGGCCCUGAAAACACUAAAUAUUUUCUACCAAGCUGGAACAUCAAAAGCCGGCAAUCCUGUUUUCUAUUACAUUGCCCGCCGGUUCAAGACCGGCCAGAUCAAUGGUGAUUUGCUGAUAUAUCACGUCUUGUUAACUUUGAAGCCAUACUACGCAAAGCCAUAUGAGAUUGUGGUGGAUCUCACUCACGCUGGGCCCAGCAAUCGUUUCAAAACAGACUUCCUGUCCAAGUGGUUCGUUGUUUUCCCAGGAUUCGCUUAUGAAAAUGUCUUUGCCGUUUUCAUCUACAACUGCAACUCGUGGGUGAGGGAGUACACCAAAUACCACGAGAGGCUUCUGACAGGCCUCAAAGGCAGCAAGAGGCUCAUCUUCAUCGACUCACCUGGGAAAUUGGCGGAACACAUUGAACAUGAGCAGCAGAAACUUCCGGCAGCCACCUUGGCCUUAGAAGAAGACCUGAAGGUUUCGCACAAUGCACUCAAGUUGGCCCACAAGGACACCAAAGUUUCUAUUAAAGUUGGUUCUACAGCUGUUCAAGUCACUUCAGCUGAGCGCACAAGAGUCCUGGGACAGACGGUGUUCUUGAAUGAUAUUUACUAUGCCUCUGAAAUUGAAGAGAUCUGCCUUGUGGAUGAAAACCAGUUCACCUUAACCAUUGCCAACCAAGGCACGCCUCUCACGUUCAUGCACCAGGAGUGUGAAGCCAUUGUCCAGUCCAUCAUUCACAUACGGACGCGAUGGGAGCUAUCACAACCUGACUCCAUUCCACAGCACACAAAAAUCCGCCCCAAGGAUGUGCCUGGAACGCUGCUGAAUAUCGCGUUGCUCAAUCUAGGGAGCUCAGACCCAAGCCUACGGUCUGCGGCCUAUAAUCUUCUCUGUGCCUUAACCUGUACCUUUAAUUUAAAGAUUGAAGGCCAGUUACUGGAAACUUCAGGUCUGUGUAUCCCUGCCAACAACACCCUUUUUAUUGUCUCUAUUAGUAAGACUCUGGCAGCUAAUGAGCCCCACCUCACUUUAGAGUUCUUGGAAGAAUGUAUUUCCGGAUUUAGCAAAUCUAGCAUUGAAUUGAAACACCUCUGUCUGGAAUACAUGACCCCCUGGUUACUGAAUCUCGUCCGCUUUUGCAAACACAACGAUGAUGCGAAACGGCAGCGAGUCACCGCUAUUCUUGAUAAGCUGAUCACAAUGACCAUAAAUGAGAAGCAGAUGUACCCUUCCAUUCAAGCCAAGAUCUGGGGAAGCUUGGGCCAGAUAACGGAUCUGCUUGACGUGGUGCUGGACAGUUUCAUCAAAACCAGUGCUACGGGGGGACUGGGAUCCAUCAAAGCAGAGGUUAUGGCAGACACUGCUGUAGCUCUGGCUUCUGGAAACGUAAAGUUGGUUUCCAGCAAAGUCAUUGGAAGGAUGUGCAAAAUAAUCGACAAGACCUGUCUGUCUCCGACUCCUACGUUAGAGCAGCACCUGAUGUGGGAUGAUAUUGCCAUUCUUGCCCGUUACAUGCUGAUGCUCUCCUUCAACAAUUCGCUCGACGUGGCUGCGCACCUCCCCUACCUCUUCCACGUAGUUACUCUGUUGGUGGCGACCGGCCCUCUUUCCCUCCGAGCUUCCACCCACGGCCUGGUCAUCAACAUCAUUCAUUCUCUGUGCACUUGUUCACAACUCCACUUUAGUGAGGAGACCAAGCAAGUUCUGAGGUUGAGCCUGACGGAGUUCUCGCUUCCCAAGUUCUACCUGCUCUUUGGGAUCAGCAAAGUGAAGUCGGCAGCUGUCAUCGCCUUCCGGUCCAGCUAUCGGGACCGGUCCUUCUCUCCUGGCUCCUACGAGAGGGAGACGUUUGCGCUGACGUCCCUGGAGACGGUGACGGAAGCUCUGCUGGAGAUCAUGGAGGCGUGCAUGAGAGAUAUUCCAACCUGCAAGUGGCUGGACCAGUGGACGGAACUCGCUCAAAAGUUUGCAUUCCAGUAUAAUCCCUCCCUGCAACCAAGAGCCCUUGUUGUCUUCGGUUGCAUUAGCAAGCGGGUAUCGCAUGGGCAGAUAAAGCAAAUAAUCCGGAUUCUGAGCAAGGGACUCGAGAGCUGCUUGAAAGGUCCUGAUAACUACAACAGUCAAGUUCUCAUAGAAGCCACAGUCAUCGCCCUCACCAAGCUGCAGCCGCUCCUCAAUAAGGACUCGCCCAUGCACAAGGCCCUCUUCUGGGUGGCCAUGGCUGUUCUGCAGCUGGACGAGGUCAGUCUGUAUUCAGCGGGCACAGCGCUGCUUGAACAAAACCUCCACACCCUGGACAACCUUCGCGUGUUCAACGACAAAAGCCCCGAAGAAGUCUUCAUGGAGAUCAGGAGGCCGCUGGAGUGGCACUGCAAGCAGAUGGACCACUUUGUGGGACUCAAUUUCAACUCAAACUUCAACUUUGCACUCGUGGGACAUCUGCUGAAAGGCUACCGGCAUCCCUCCCCAACCAUCGUUGCAAGGACAGUAAGGAUUCUGCACACCCUCCUCGCUCUGGUUAACAAACACAGGAACUGUGACAAGUUUGAGGUGAAUACCCAGAGUGUGGCUUACCUUGCAGCUUUGCUAACUGUGUCUGAGGAGGUCAGAAGCCGGUGCAGCCUAAAGCAUAGGAAGUCUCUCCUGCUGACAGAUGUUUCGAUGGAAAACGUUCCGAUGGAGACAUAUGCCAGCUGUCGGACGCUAAGGGAAAACCAGCCAUGGUCUUCGCCCAAGGGCUCUGACAGACACCUUGCCGCCAGUUACCCCACUGUAGGGCAGAUCAGUCCACGAACCAGGAAGUCGAUGAGUCUGGAUAUGGGGCAGCCUUCUCAAGCCAACACUAAGAAGCUACUAGGUACAAGGAAGAGUUUUGACCACUUGAUAUCGGACACGAAAGCACCCAAAAGGCAAGAAAUGGAAUCCGGGAUUACCACACCUCCGAAAAUGAGGAGAGUAGCAGAAAACGAUUAUGAAAUGGAAGCACAAAGGAUAUCGCCCCAACAGCAUUCACAUCUCCGGAAAGUAUCGGUAUCCGAGUCCAACGUCCUCCUGGAUGAAGAAGUCCUCACUGAUCCUAAAAUCCAAGCCCUGUUGCUGACUGUCCUCGCAACGCUAGUAAAAUACACUGCCGACGAAUUUGACCAGCGAAUCCUGUAUGAGUAUUUAGCAGAAGCCAGUGUUGUUUUCCCAAAGGUCUUUCCUGUUGUGCACAAUUUGUUGGACUUCAAGAUAAACACGCUGUUGUCGCAGUGUCAAGAUCCAAAUUUAUUGAACCCUAUUCAUGGCAUCGUCCAGAGUGUGGUUUACCAUGAAGAAUCUCCGCCCCAAUACCAGACUUCUUAUCUGCAAAGUUUCGGAUUUAACGGCUUGUGGAGGUUUGCGGGACCAUUUUCUAAGCAAACACAAAUCCCAGACUAUGCUGAGCUCAUAGUGAAGUUCCUCGAUGCCUUGAUCGACACCUAUUUACCUGGAAUUGAUGAGGAGACCAGUGAGGAAUCCCUCCUGACGCCAACGUCUCCUUACCCUCCUGCUGUGCAGAGUCAGCUUAGUAUUACUGCAAACCUGAACCUCUCCAAUUCAAUGACCUCACUUGCCACUUCCCAGCAUUCCCCAGCUUCUCUGCCUUGCUCUAAAUCUGCAGUUUUCAUGCAACUUCCUCAUCCAGGCAUCGAUAAGGAGAACGUGGAACUCUCCCCGACCACGGCACACUCCAACAGCGGCCGGACGCGCCACGGCUCAGCCAGCCAGGUGCAGAAGCAACGCAGCACCGGCAGUUUCAAGCGCCACAGCAUUAAAAAGAUCGUGUGAAGUGUCCUCCGUCCAGAUUUUUUUUCUUUUAAACCCGAUGUACGUACGUACUCUGCCCCAACUUCCACAGGCUAACAGACGUGCCGCAUUUGGUUUCAAAACCUCCCACGCAACUGUCCGGUCAGCUGGGGUGGGCGGGCGGACAAACAACUCUUGAAACAGUUGUGUGAAUUUAUUUUGGAUUUUCAUUGUGUUUUAACGCAACCGCCUCCAUCAAAAAAAAAAAAAUCCCUUCUGUCCAUUUUUUGUUUUGGUUUUGUUCUUAAGCCUGUAAUUUCCGAACUGAUGAAUGGAACCACGUAAGGAGCCUGAAGAAUGCGGGGAGUAGUCAAAAUUACGGUAGCUGAGAGGCAGAAAUCACCUCUCUCACACUUUGGGACAUUUUUGUCUUUUCUUGUUGGGGUUUUCUUUGACUUUUAUUUUUUACAGCUUGUUUUUUUUAACUACUUUAAAAGGAGAGGAAAAAAAGUGUUAAUAUCCAAUCUCAUUUGCACAUUUGUGGUUUGGUUGGCCGAUGGACACGUAUCGCUCUCUGGUUUUCAUCCAAAUCGCUUUAGCGGUGGACUUUUACUGGGCUCCGGAGGCUUCUGAGCACAACUCCAGAGCUGUAAGCUUAACCAGCAGGUGAGAGGCUUCACUCUGUCAAGGUGUGUCGUAAUGAUCCAGAUAUUUCAGAGCGUAGCUGGUGAAGGUGCAUCUGUUGACGCUCGAGGAAACCACCUCUGGGGUGUGCAUGGAGCAGGCCGGGCAAACACUUUCACGUUUCUGGCUGAACUUUAACUGCUUUAUACUUGCCUAAUCAGUGUGAACUAUCACCUAGGGAUGGAGCCUGGGAGGCUCCCCUAUGUCCCAUCCUGGGUGAAUAUUGCAGCCACGUUGGCCAAGGUGGACUGUGUGCGUCUUUCCCAGCCAAUUCCUUGCGCCACCGAAAGAAAGUUGAGGUUGUGUCACCUUGAAUGGAAGGUUCUGAGAGGUGCUUUAAUAUCAUGCUUACCACCAACACCCUCUUCUACACAAUGUGCCCGCCGCACCAAAUUUUCAUUGCGUCACACGUCAUUCCCAGCCUAUCGGCGAAACGAAGAGUCUGGACGCAAACAUUGAUUUUCAAGGUUGCUUGAAGGAAUUAUUAUUAUUAUUUUUGGCCGAUGUCCCUUUGCCCAAAUUCACGCUGGUGCCGCCUUUCAGGCUUUUAAAGCGACCGAUGCCCCGUUUGUACAGAACGGUGUCUGAGCUGCAUUUUUAAAUACAGACCCGCUUCCAUCCCAACUCUGCCCGGCUGGCUUGUUUAAGGAAGCUUGGACGGACCAAGAAUCUCUGCCGAUGGAAAGCGUAGGUGGGAUUUGAGAACGGUAAACUCAAAUGGCUCUCGCUGUGGAAGGCCUUGUCAAAAUGCUGCAUGGGCAAUUUCUCCCACAUUUUGUGCAUUUCCCCUCUCAUUCUAAAAGGCUGAAAAGCCUCUCCUAAGAAUUGGUUCCUGGCCCUAAGAGUUUUAAGUUAAAAUAAGCUGGUAUGGUUUGUAUUUUGGGCCUGCUCCUUUUGCCUUGCCCACCCCUGGAAUACAGCCCGCCUACCCACCCGAGUCUCUCCAAACUGAAUUCUGGCAUCAAGCUGAAAGGGGGUCAACAUCCCUGGGUUAGGAUGUUGGAUUAAUACCAGGAAACCCAGGUUCAAAUCCCCACGCAGCCAUGAAGCUCACGAGCUGACCAUGGGCCAGUCGCGCUCUCUCAACCUACCUAACAGGGUCGUUGUUGGAGUUGCUGUACGCCAUCUUGAGUUCCGUGGCAGGAAGGCAGGCUAUAAAUGAAAUGAAUACAUUUCUUACAUUAUGUCUUUAUCCUACCCUUCUCUCCAAGGAACGCACGAAGGUCAGCUUCCAAAGUGUUUCCCCCCUGGCCCAUGUUAUCCUCACAACAACCCUACGAGGUAGGCUAGGCUAACAGACAGGCGUCAGGUCAGCUACUGAAUCUGGGGUCUCCUGGGUUCUGGUCUGACCUCUAUACCUCCACGCUAAACUGGCUCAACGCUGCUAUUACCCAAGUCCCAGGCAGCAAAAUGCUGUGCACAUACUACCUUUGACUGUCCAAAAGUGUGCGGUUUGCCUAGACUUCGGAAGUAUGAACUCAAUGCAUGACUGUCGGAAAUUAAAUAUAUUUACUGCUGAAAAUAAUACUCCCACCUAUAUCGACAAAAACAAAUUAUUCAGUGGCUUCAAAGAGAACUGGUGCUGGGGGAGGGUGCCUAAGAGUAAAGCCCCUCGAGUCAAAUUUCAAUGCUGACUUUCCAUUAGCGAAAUUCCAUCGCUAAACCUUUAGAACAGCCUUCCUCA